AUGUGGCAUCAAUCAUCUACAUCGCUUCUUCUGGCCGUUGUGGCCCCAUCGAUUGCAUAUGCCGCCGCCAUAUCUCAGCGAGACACCAGCUUGGGCAGCGCAACUGUAAAUCUUGCUCAGAACAACGGUGCAGCGACAUUCCUCGGUUCGGGUUUCAUCUAUGGAUUCCCAGACAAUGGAGAAAACGCUCGGGAUACCAUUCCUGACCAUUUUCUCACCGAUAUCAAGUUUACAACUUGUCGUGGCGGUGACGCUCAGAUCAAUGCUGUCGGGUGGGCACAAGGCGGCUAUGAUGGUUAUAUUGGGCGCUUUGAUUCAGCGCUUUCGAACUAUCGUUCAGCCCGCAAGUAUGAUGGGGACUUCGUCCUGAUGCUUAGUGUUUUGUGGGGCGCUCAGGGUGGAGCAAGUGCGGAUUCCGUUUUCCCAGGCGACAACGGAAAUUGGACGGAGAUGGAAUCGUUCCUCGAUCAAGUGAUAUCUGAUAUCCAAUCCAAUGACAUCUUGGAAGGACUGAUUGCUGAUAUUUGGAACGAACCUGAUCUCGAAACAUUUUGGUAUCCCGAUUGA